AUGGAUAUCGACCCGAGCCGGAGGAACAAAAAACCCCGCCAUUUGCUUGAGUCGGAGCGUGAGAGACUCGACGAAUUCAUUGAUUCGAUCCACUAUUCUGCAAGAUACUCUGAUGACCAGUUCGAGUAUCGCCAUGUUCAGUUACCCAAAAACAUGCUAAAGAAAAUCCCCGCCGACUACUUCGACGCGUCGAAAGGAACGCUGAAGCUGCUUUGGGAAGAAGAAUGGCGAGCACUGGGUAUUACUCAGAGUCUUGGAUGGGUACAUUACGAAUGUCACGAGCCAGAGCCUCAUAUUCUACUCUUUAAACGACCCCUGAACUAUCAGCCGGCCAUCUCGCAAUGA